AUGUAAAUUAAAGAAAAUUUAUAUAAUUGGCUUUGUCAAUUAAGGGUGCUGCCAUAGGAUGGAAAGAAAUAUGCAGAUAAAGUAGAAAUCAGCAAAACUAGUUUGGGAUAGCUAGAGAAUGGAAUAGCAUUUGGUUAAUUGUUAAAAGAAAUUGUGAAGUUACGAAAUAGGUUGGUUUAUUAAGAUUUAAAAGGCCUUCCACUCCUUUAGCUAAAUUAGAUACACUUAAAGACAAUUAAUAAAAAUCAUCGCUGCUAUAUAAUUGGAAAAUACUUUGUGAAGAGUAUUAGAAAGUUGACAUUAUGAUUGAUUAGGAUACAAAAGCAUUAAUAUUGGGAGGUGACAAAGAAAUGAUUCAUUAAUUACUUUUAGAGAUUUAUGAGAAGAAUUUUAAAGGAUAAUAAAAAUCUCUCAUACUUGAUGAUUCUUAAUUGAGUUUAGAUGGUGCAACUAAAAUUUUGGCUACUAAUAAAAUUUCAUAAGGUAAACUGAAAUAAAUAAUGUAGCAAAUUAGUAGGUAGAUCUAUCUAAAUUGGAUCCUAAGAAGGAUUUAAAUAAGACUUAAAAUUGUUUAGAAUUCUUUAUUGUUGCUCUAGCAAAGAAUUUAUAAUUAACAAUAAAAUAGGCAGCAUCUCUCUUUACAAAUAAUAAUAAAUAUUUAGCUCAUAUUUUAGCUAAAGGUGUUAAAGGAGUAUUUGAACCUAUAGUAUCAUUCUAUAAAGAAACAUAUGCUAAUUCUAAUUAACUGAAUAAGUUAUUUAAUGAAGAUUCUACAAAGAAGUCAAUGAUUUUUGCAUUACAAGUAUAAUAAAAAUGAAUUUUUUUUAAGGCAUUAAAACCAGGUUUGAUUUCAAAAUCAUAUGAUGUAGUAUAUGAAGCAGUUAGACUUUUUACAAGAUUAGGUUCUUUAAUACCAGUUCAAUUAAUUAGAGAAUGGUUUUUAGAAAAUUAAGGUGGAUUACAUACAGCAUUGAUGGGAGCAAAAAGACAUCCAGAAUUAGUAAAAUUUUAGGUAGAAAUGAUUCUACAAUUUGGAAAAAACAAUUUUGUUGAAGUCUUUACAAAUGGAAUUAGAAAUGUAUUAUAAGAAACUAAAGAUUUUAUAAAUUCAAUAGAAUUGAUUUAUUUACCUUUAAGUUAGAAUUAAGAAUUAGUAUCAACAGGCAUUCUUAAUGAUUGGGUUACUUAAGCUAUUGGAAUAGCAGAAAAUGAAUUUAAAAAUACAAUUGAUACAAGAAUAUCAUCACUUAAUUUUUUAACUGAAGUAUUAAGGAAUUCAAAAUUAGAUGAAUCUCUUUCUAAUACUAUAAUUGCAUUAUUAAAAAAAGGUAGUAGAGAUAAAUCUCAAUCUCUAUCAUUACUUUGUUUGAAUCAUCUAUUUAAAUUAUUAAAUGAAUUUAGCAUACAAAAGAAUAAUCAAGCUCCAUUAAUAUAUAAAAAGUAUAUAAAAUUAAGAAAUAUUUUUUAGUUUGACUUUAGCUUUGGUAGAGAAUCAUGAUAAUUAAUAAAUAAGGGAAUUUAUUUUAAAUAAUUUUAUAUAGAUAUUUUCAACAUUGGAAUCUAUUCCAAUAAAUUUAGUUUUGGAGAAUAUGAUAAAAUAAUUAUAAACAUCUGAGGGAGUCACUUAUAUUCUUAACAUAUUUGAUAUGCAAUUUUUUAUGAUUAUGUCAAAUAUGAAUAUUGGAAUUAAAAAUGCUAUUCAGCUUCUUGAUUUUUUAGCCAAAAUAUUUCUAAAUAAUUUAGUGUUUUAAAGUUUAUCCUAUGAAAUAAUUGUUAAUAUAUUAUCGAAGAAUAUUGAAAAUUAGACUAUGUAAGAGUUUAUCUUAAAAUUUGUUAAAAUAGCUUUAGCUAUGUUUUUUUCAUCUGAGAAAAAAAAAUAAGGAAAAGAUCCUAUUAGUGCUUAAAAGAGAAAUUAGAUAAUAGAAAUAAUAAAGACUAUAGUUCAAUUUUAAUAAUAAUAGAUGAAUGAAAAAAUUAAACCUUUAGUUGCACAUACAAAUAUAUAGGUGAAAUAGCAUAGUAAGAGAAAUUCAAAAGGAUUAAUGACUAUAUUGGAACUAUUUGGGAAUGCUGAAAAAAUAUUAGAAUAAUAUGAAAUAGAAUAUAGAGAACAAUAGAUAAAUAAAUUGUAAGGUGCCCUUGAUGAUGAAGAUUAAAUUAUACCAUAUAAUUAAAAAUCAAUAGGAUCAAUAAAAAUAUCAAAAGAAGAUUAAUAUAAUUUAGCUUCUUUAAAAACUACAAGGGCAGAUCCAAAAAUUUUGGAAAAACUUGAGAUAAUAAAAAAGUAAUUUGAUGAAAAGGUAAUUUAAGAAGCUUAAAAAGUUGAAAAUUAUAAAGAAGCUUAAUUAAAAUAAAAAAAUAAUCUUCGUAAAUAAUUAGAAUAGAGAUCAGUAGAAUAAGGUGUUUCGAUAAUAAAAGAUAGGGAGACAAAUUUAAUAUUUAAGGAAGGAUCUAAAGGUGCAGCUCCUGUAAAUAAACAUGGAUUAACUGAAUAUGAAAUUUGGGAUCUAUAAUUUGAAGAAGAUAGAGAAAGAUAUUUAGUAGAAUAACUUUUUAGAAGAUAUCAUAAAAUAUUCAAAUACAUAUUUUUUAAAUAUGCAAAUUCAGGGAGUAAGAUUGGAAAGCCUAAAGAUUUUGAUGAACUAAAAGAUCAAUCAGAUAUAAUAAAUGAAGCAGAAGUUUGGGCAUUUCUUAAAGAUUAUGAAUUAGUGUUUAAUGUUUCAAAAGAAUAAGUUAAAGCAUUAUUAAGAUCAAUAGCAAUUUAAUUAAUGAAAAGUAAAAAUGAAUUGACUAAUUUUAAUUAUGAUGGAUUUAAACAUAUUAUUACAUAAUAUGCUUGUAUUAUAUUUACAAAGAAGAAUAGAUAUGUUUAACCUCAUGUUUGUGUUGAAUUAAUGCUUUAAAAAAUGUAAUAAGUAACUGCCAAUAAAGGACAGAAUACACAAUUAUAUGAUGAUCCUGAUAAUAUGUAUUUUGCUUAAAAGGAAGUUAUAAAAGAAUUUAAUAGAAAAUUGGCUGAAGAUUCAAAAUAUGUUCUUCCAGAGGGAUAUAAAAGUUAGAAAGAAGAGAUAAUUAAAUUUUAUCAUGUUUUUGAAAUUUAAGAUGAAAAUACAAUUGCUUAUUAAAUUUUAGAUGAGAUAGUUUUUAAUGUAUGUAAAUGUCAUCUUAUUGAACCUUUAACAGCUAAAGAGUUUUAAAUUAUUUGUAGACCAAAUAUUUUAGGAUAUGUAGAAUCUAAAGUUAAAUAAAAUUUAGAAAAAGAUCAUUAUAUGGAAUAGAAAAAUAAAUUAUUAAAGAAAUCUGAAAUUGUAGCUUAAUCAUAACCUAUUUUACCUUAGUAGACUAAAAGAAAUUUAGAAAUUGAACCAUUUAGAUAAUAUAGUUUGGGUAUUAAAUUAGAACUUGCUAAAAUACCAUUUAAUCAAGCUAAAUAAAGAUUUAUUAUGGAAUAAGUUGCUGAUGUAUUAGAAGAUUUAAUUUUUGCUGUUGAAAAUAAUUAAAAAACUAUUACUAGAAAAUGGAAUAUUGUAAAUAAAGUAUAAAAAGAUAAGCAGGAUGAAAAAAAGAAAGAAGAAGAAGAUAAUAAAAAAAGAAAUGAAAAAAUAUAAAAAAAUCAUGAAGAAGCCAAAGCCAGAUUAGAAAUUAUGAAAAAAGAAAAAUAAGAUAAAUAAAAAGCAGAAGAAAUUGAAAAAGCAUCAAAAAAGGAUCCUAAAAAAAUUAAAUAGGAAGAAAAAUAAAAAGAAUAAGAGGCAUACUUAAAAUAAUAAAAAGAAAAAAUUGCUUAAAAAUAAAAAGAAGAAGAAUAAGAAAGGUUAAAAAGAGAACUUUUAGAAAAAAAACAAAGAGCAGAAGAAAUUUAAAAGAAAAAAGAAGAAUUCAAAUUAUUUAACGAAAAAAAAAUUCAAUAAUAUGGAGAAAUAUUUAAGGCAGAAUAAACGAAACUCAAAAUGGCUAUGGAAGAAAGAAAGAAAUAAGAUGCAGAAUAUUAAAAAAUGCAUGAAACUAUAUAUAAAAAUAUUGAAAAAAAAGGAGAACAAAUUAAAAUUAAAGAAAAAGCUACAAGUGAAUUAAUACAAAAAUUGUUUAGAAAUCAAAUAUACUAAAAUAUAUUCACUACCAACAAUUUUAAAUUAAGUUAUCUUUAUGAACUAUUAUAAUUAGAAUAUUAUAAAUCUAUAGAAAUGAUAGAUUUUAAAGAAAUACCAUUAAAAUUAUGGAUGUGGUUUGGAGAUAGAUUUAGAAUGUAUCCAGAUAUAAUAACAUAAGUAGACUUUAUUCGUGUCUUUAAUGCUAUUACUUAUAGAUAGAAUGAUAUUUAAGCUUCUUUAGAUUAUGUGGAAUUUUUAGAAGCACUUUUUAGAAUUAGCAUUAAAGGAUAUUAAUUCUUUAAUAAACUUGCUAAAAGUAUCAAAGAACCAAAGACUUAAAGAUAAGAAGAUGAAGAUAUGUAAAUUUAAGAAUCACCUCCUUUAUCUGUUAAACGAACUUAAUAAACAAAAGAAUUUAUGUUAAACAGAAUUAAAGAAGUAUAAAAUGAAUAAGAAAAAAGACUUGAAGCUGCUUAAAAGGAAUUAGAGGAAAAGAAAAAGAUGGAAAAAGAAGCUUUAAUAUUAGAUAAUUAUUAAGCUCUUAAUGAUAUCAUUGGAACUGAUAAUACAUCAGGUUAGAAUUUUAAUGAAUAAACACUUGAAGCUCUCAUUACAUAUCUAGCAUUACCUAAUGAUAAAACAGGAAUUGAAUUAAGAUUUAGAUACUUAAUGGAAAUCGAAGCAAAGAAGAAACCUACAAAAGUUAGGAAAUAAGGUAAUUUUAAAUAUUAAUUAUUAGAGGCAUCUAAGAAAUUAGAUGAAGAUGUUACUUAAUGGAAAGAACAUAAAGUAGUUGAAUAAAAUAGAUAACCAAUAUUAUCAAGUAUUAUUGUAUAUUUUUAUUUAGAAAAAACAAAUAAAUUAAAAUAAAAUCAAAAACCUGAAGAAAUAUAAGAACCUAUUUUACCUUAAAAUGAAAAUAACGAUUUAUAAUAAGAAUAAUAAUAAUAAUAAGAUAGUUGA